AUGGCUGUCGCAACACUCAAUACUGGUAUGGUUGGAGGAAGCAUGGGCCUCUCGUUCUGGGACUGCUUCGCUAUCAUCAUGGCCGUCAACGUAAUGGCCUGCCUCUUGCCUGCAUGGACCGCAACCUUUGGUCUUACCGGUCUGCGAAUGACGACCUUCUCUCGGUACUCUUUCGGCUAUUGGGGCAACCUUCUCGUGGUCAUUUUCUCCAUGAUCAGCACGACAGGAUGGAAUGCCAUCAACUCGAUCUCCGGUGCUUCGGUGCUCUACGCUCUCUCUGACGGGAAGUGUCCUCAAUGGGCCGGCGUCAUUAUCAUCUGCACAUCUGUCUUCAUCAUCUGUGCGUUGGGCAUCACCUGGAUCCAUCGACUCGACGCUUUCCUCUGGAUUCCACCGUUCAUCGUCUGGUGCGUCGCAGCUGGUACCGGAGCUAAGCACUUCGACGGCAACGCAAUCAAGUCGCCUACUGGUGCCGAUGGAGCCGCAUCGGCAUUCUCCUUCAUCGCCGUCAUUUUCUCGUUCGCCGUCUCUUGGAUCAAUUGCGCCGCGGAUUAUAACGUCAAGAUGCCCGUCAACACGCCUCGAUGGAAGAUCUUCGCCGCGACUUACGUCGGAAUCUGCGUUCCGACUAUCCUGGUCCAAACCCUCGGCGCGGCGCUGUUCACUGGGACGGAGACCAACUAUGAGUGGAAGGCUGCCUAUCUAGAUGCGGGCGUCGGUGGCCCACUGAAAAUGGCUCUGCUACCCGCUGGCGGAUUCGGGAAAUUUCUGCUUGUUCUUGCAGGCUUAAGUUCUAUUCCGAACAAUAUCCCGAACAAUUACUCCUUCGCCAUGCACACCCAGAACUUUGGCCCCUGGGCACUUCGCAUCCCUCGCGUCGCCUUCGUAACCUUCGGCUUCGUCGCUGCCAUAACCGUCGGGUGUUGCGCCGCUGCAUUCUUCGAAGAUACCCUCCAGACUUUCCUGUCAAUUAUUGGAUACUGGACCAUCGUCCAUCUCGUCGUCAUCAUUGAAGAGCACAUCAUCUUCCGCCGCUCAAGAUGGUCCAACUACGACUGGGAUGCUUGGGCGAGCUGGGAGUUGCUACCAUUUGGUUGGGGCGCUAUCGGCGCUUUCGCUUUCGGGUUCCUAGGCGCUGCUGUGGGUAUGAAAGUCAGUUGGUAUACUGGUCCUAUUGCUGGCUUGAUCGGGAAGAAGGGUGGGAAUGUGGGGCAUGAGUUGACGGCUCUGUUCUGUGGUGUUUCCUUUCCGGUUUUUAGGUGGAUGGAGAAGCGGUGGACGGGAAAAUAA